AUGAUAGGUAAUGACUCCUAUCACAUUGUUAUUGAUUUAAGCAGCAGCAGCACCCCCAGCACCACCACAUUAGAUUGCCGCGGUUUGGAUUAUAGAUAUUCCAAUAUUGAAGUUGUUGAAAUAGAGGUAAAGAAUAUAAGGAACCACAAACAACAAGAUAUGGCUAUGGCUAAGACAAUUGAGCCUAUACGAGCAAAGCUGAUAGGAAAUGGCGUGAUACGACUUUAUCGUGAGUUUGAGCAUGAAACUGACCUUGAUGGAGAAGGAGGCGCAGGUGUAACUAGACCAGGUGAUGAUUCAAUGGUGGCUAUAUUGGCAAUUCCUACAUAUUUCACGGCAACCGAUUUGCUAGGCUACAUAGGAGAGGCGUAUAUGAACGGUAUAUCGCACAUCCGAAUCCUCAAGAGUGAAAAGCCAAAUAGGUUUUUGGUUUUGAUAAAGUUUAGAGACAUAAUUAAAGCAGCCGAGUUCCAGUACCAUUUUGAUGGUAAAAAUUUCAACUCCAUGGAACCAGAAACGUGCCAUGUUGUUUAUGUCAAAUCUGUCCAGUUGUAUUACCCUCACAAAAACGAAGAAAUGCGUACAUUGAUACCUUUUUUGCUUCAGGAUCCAUUUACAUCACCGUCGCCACCGUCGCCGCCGCCACCACUGCAACCACCUCUGCAAAACAAAGAGACAAUUGACACACAGUUGAGUCACGUGUCUAGUAACGUAUUGCUAGAGCUUCCUACAUGUCCUGUUUGUCUAGAAAAAAUGGAUGCAACGAUAACGGGUUUGUUUACGAUUCCCUGUCAACACACAUUUCAUUGUCAAUGCUUAUCCAAAUGGAGAGACGACUCCUGUCCCGUUUGCCGGUACUCGCACAAUUUAGCUAAUGCUGAUGAUUUGAGACAAGCCUCGGGUCGAUUUCGACGUCUUAGUAGAAGUAGCGAAACUACUUCAACUUUGCUACAGAAUACAACUUUAACCGAGGAUCCAGAAUGCUGCAUGGAAUGCAAGGAGACUCUGAAUCUAUGGAUCUGUCUAGUUUGUGGCAAUAUUGGUUGCAGCAGGUAUGCGCCAGAGCAACAUUCAUUAAAGCAUUUUAUAACUACAGGACAUUGCUUUGCAAUGGAAAUUUCUACUAGUAGGGUGUGGGAUUAUGCAGGAGACAAUUAUGUUCAUCGAUUAGUCACCAAUGAGUCUGAUGGGAAAUUGGUUGAAUUACCUGAAAAGGAUGUUGAAGAUUCUGCAAAAACCAAAGUUCGUGCUGCUAACAACAUAGAUAAAGUUGACGCUGUGGGAUUUGAGUACUCGCAGCUAUUGAUUAGCCAGCUAGCAAGUCAACGCGAGUAUUACGAAGAGCUUUUGUUGCAGCAUCGAGAAAUGCAGGACACCAAAUCUAGAAAAGGUGUCUUGAGCAACUCAAAUGUAAAUCUGGAACUAGUAACUGAUUUAGAGAUUACAAUCGAAGAUUUGUCAGCCAAGGUAACAGAUCUCACCACCAAAGUGAUACCAUCGCUUAAGGAGAAGAUUCAAACUAAAGAAGAAAGAUUGAGCCUGGUUGGAAAGGAGUUGGCUACACUCAACAGUUUGAAUGAUGCCCUUUCUAAAAAGGUGGACUAUUUGACCAACACAAAUGUGGAAUUGAAAGGAACUAUUGAAAAAUUGAAGAAGGAAAAAGGGGAGUUAAAUGAGCAAGUCAAAGAUUUAAUGUUUUUUUUGGACAGUAAUGAAAAAUUCAAGAAUGAGCCAGAAGAUGUGAAGCAAGGCACUGUAGUUAUUCAGCAACCUACAAAAUCGUCAUCAUCAUCAAUAUCGUCAUCGAAAAAGAAGAAAAAGCAAAAGAAAUGA